AUGAGGUUGCCUGGUGAAAAUCGCGCAAAACGCCAAGCGUUCAAGGAUCAUAGAUAUCCAAAUAUGUUAUGGUCAGAAGGAGUGAAUUACUACUUCCAUAAGCUCGCUAGUAGAGAGAUGAGAAGUUCAUUCGAGAAGGGAGCGAAGCUAUGGGAACAGGAUACUUGCAUCAAUUUCACGCGGAACCCAUUCGCCAAAGAUCGAAUUAUGGUAUUCCCGGAGGACGGAUGUUGGUCAUACGUUGGAAAACUCGGUGGUGAGCAGAAACUGUCACUAGGAAGUGGCUGCGAAACAGUAUCUAUCGCUGCGCAUGAGAUUGGUCACGCUCUUGGAUUUUUCCAUACAAUGUCCCGACACGAUCGUGACGACUUCAUCACUGUAAACAAGCACAAUAUCAAGGUAGACUGGCUAAGUCAAUUCAAUAAAGAAACAACGAAAACAAACGAUAAUUACAACAUGACGUACGACUACGGCAGCAUUAUGCACUACGGCGGAACUAGUGCAUCGUUCAACAAAAAGCCAACAAUGGUUCCGUUUGACAUCGAUUAUCAGCAGACCCUUGGAUCUCCAUUCAUUUCUUUCAUCGAACUCUCAAUGCUCAAUGAACACUACGGAUGCAAAGCGAUCUGUAACAAAUCUACAUCGGUUAAAUGCGAGAUGGGCGGAUUCCCUCAUCCACGAGACUGCCAAAGAUGCAUAUGUCCUGGUGGCUAUGGUGGACCUCGAUGCAAUAAGAAACCAGUAACAAAGUGCAGCCAUAAAAUUUAUGCUUCCCCUAACUGGACGAGACUCGAGGAUACUAUUGGCCUUGGCCGUGGUGAGCAGGAAGAUUUCGAGAUAUGUCACUACCGGAUUAAGUCUCCCAAGGGAACCGAAAUCGAAGUAAAAUUAGUGAACUUCACGAAAGGUCUAUCUAUUGACGGAUGCCCUUAUGCAGGUGUAGAGAUCAAAACAAACAAGGACCAAACGCUCACUGGUUACAGAUUCUGCUCACCUGACGCGGCUGGAACAAUUCUUCGUUCUUACAUAAACCGUGUCCCAAUAAUGACGUAUAACAGGAUUGUCAAAACGACGACAGUGCUUGAAUACCGACACGUUCCUGCAAAUUCACCAAGAGCUACGACUGCUACCUCUACUACCACCACCACUACGACAACGACAAAACGACCUGUUGUUCCAUUCAUAAAUACAGGAACUGGCUCUAAAUGCGAGGACAACCACUCCUGCAUGUCUCUUGUACCAAGUGGUUUCUGCAAAGGUCCACUAUCGGAGGCUACCAAGAAGAAAGUGUGUCCGAAGUCUUGUGGCUUCUGUGAUACUUUGCAAUAA